AUGGAGCAGGAAUAUUGCACUGGUGCGCGAGGAGGGCUCAUGCCUGACUCGGCUGCUGCUGAUGUGCUUAGCCACAAAUUAGUGGGCGCUCUUAAGCAAUAUGUAGCUCACUUUCAUCUCACAAACGCCGGUGCAGCAGUUGAGCAGGAAGCCAGUACUGGUGCACAGCGUCUAGCACCUGGAUUGGCCGCUCAUGUGCUUAGCGGAUUACUAAGAGCUCUUCAGAUGGAUGACCUGCAUCAUGAAGAAACAAAGUCGCGAGUAAUUUCUUCGCGUUUGUCUGAGAAAUUUGAAGGAGCAAUUAAGUUAUCUGCUGAGCCCUUGACCAAUGUGAAAUUUAUGCACGAGAUCGAUAUAAUUGGCAAGUAUUUUGAGGAGAUUAGUCAGGACACUGGGAAGUAUGUCGUUGGGGUUGAUGAUACAAUGCAAGUUCUAGACACGGGCGCUAUUGAAACUAUUAUUGUGUGGGAAAAUCUCGACAUUACUAGGUAUGUUUUGAAAUAUAGCAGUACUGGGGAAACAAUAAUCAAACACUUGAAUAAGGAGCAAGAUGCAGACGAGAGUAACUUUCGCGAACCUACUACAAAUGGGGAGUUAGAGAUUAUAGAUAAAAUGCCUUUACUUGAGUGGUUAGCUAAUGAGUACAGGAAAUUUGGUUGUAGUUUGGAAUUUGUUACAAAUAAAUCACAAGAAGGAUCUCAGUUCUGUCGUGGUUUUGGUGGCAUUGGCGCUAUUCUUCGUUACAAGCUUGAUGUUCGAGCUUUUGAUGAUGUUUCUGACGACGGUGAAGUUUAUGAAGAAGUUUAUGUUGAUUCUGAAUAG